AGAAGAAGAAGAAGAAGAAAAAGAAAAGGAAAAGAAAAAGUUGAAGAGGUAAAAAUAGGAAAAAAGAGUAAAAAGAUAAAGCUGAAUUUUUCGUUGUUCAAUCAAAGAAUAAGGUGAUAUUUACCUGAAAAAUGGAGGUGAAAAUGAUGAAGAAAUAUAAAAUGUUCAAGAUGAGAUGAGAUUGAAGACGAAGGUGAAAAGAGUUGAAGAAAAAAUUUGAUCCUUUUAACAAGACUUUCAUUUAAUUGCUUUUUCCUGCAAUCCUUUUUCAAGUUUUAUUCAAAGAUAAUGUAUCUUACUGUCAACAAUUAACAACAUUUACGUUGUUUAACAGUGUCACUGGAAUCAUCAUCGUCAUCAUCAACCUCAACCAUCGACAACCUUACACACUAACACACAUCCAUGUUAUUUGUUUACCUGUCCGUCUGUUUAGCAUUCAACAUUUAACUGUCUUUUUACGUCUAUCUCUUUCUGUAUUCAUGUGUUCACCAAUUAUCAAGACUCGACACCAAAACUGUCCAUUUCAUGAUUAAACCUUUAAACGAGCUUAAUACAAUGUUUAUCCAAUCACUAUCAAAUUCACAAUCAACCUUACAAUCAACCACAAAAACCACCAACGGUAAAAACAUCAACAGUAAGGAGUCACAUUUUAUUGUUUUUACCUCAUCUUUUUCAAUCCAUUAUCAUAUCAAUUCAUAUUGUUCAGCACACUUGUAAAUGGUGAUUAAAAUAUUGUGACCGUUAAUAAUAAUUGUUGUUAUAACCAGUUAUUGUUAAUCAAAUUGUUACACUGAAACACAAAUAAAACAUAGAAACGUUGAAGACAUUGAAGGAAACCAAAAGGAGAAAAAGUGACUUCAAAAUGGGAAACAAUACUAGUCAAUCUUCAAGGCCGCAAUCAUCUCGAUCUUCAGUGGAUGUUGCCCUUAUUAUUGAAGCACAUGGCUUGGUAACUGAAAUGUUAAACGAUCCAACUCUUCCACCUCAUAUUAUAUCUGGUCUGCGAGCUGUGGCGUCUCUAUUGGCACCUCCAGUUUCCCAGGUUUCAAAUCGAUCAAGAUCAACCCCUUGGGCUGCGGUUGCUUUAGACAACUAUGCCAGUGUUGAAGAACCAUCUGAGAUGCCUUAUACCGGUGAAAAACUCAUGUCUUGUAAGCGAGGUCGACGAAAUGUUCCUCCUAGUGUACUCAGACGGAUGUCAACAUCGACUUGGUCUACAACAACUUCUGCCACUGGAAUGCCAACUCUUGAGCCGGAACCAUCGCGCAAGAGAUGCACAAAUUUUCGAUCUGCACAAAGUCCAAACUCACCGCAUCCACCUUCAUUUUUGAGUCCAUCUGAAAAACCACCACCAGUUAAAGGAGGUCGAUCAUUUUCCACAACAGCUCUUCCAAUGGGCGCUCUGUCUCAUUUACGUGAGAAACGUGAUCGUAAACUAGGUUCAAUUGUACAAUCUUCUUUGGAUAGUAAUCGUGAUAUUCAAACAUCUUCCGAAAUAGAUUUACAAUGUUUAAAAUUUCCACACAAACAUGUUGAUUCACCAGCCAACUCUCCAAGUCAUGUUCAUUUCAACAAUAGCUCUGAAUCAAAUAAAACACCAUCCAUAUCAACUCUUACUCAACAACAGAAACAGAAACAACCUCAACAUAAUUUACAACCACAAUUUCAACCAAUUCACCAUCAACCUCAACAACAAUUUCAAUCUCAUCAACCAUCAUUUUCAUCACCAUCAACUUCUUUAACCCCUCAUCUUCACCAACAGCAACAUCAACCAUCAAAUGACCGUCGUGCCGAUAAAAGAUUAGAACCAAUGCCAGAUAAACAUUUUAUAAAUCCAUAUCAUGGUUCAUCAUAUUCAAUUGGAGCUUGUCAAAUUCUUAAGCAAACAAUUCCUAGAUUAAAUUUAACUUCGGAUUAUGAUAGCAGCAAUGAUAGUCCUAGUGGCAGCGAAACUACUGUCGAUGAUAAUGUCAUAAGUGAUAGUAGAUUAUCUAGUGGAGUCGUUGUUGGUGGAAGUGGUGGCAGACGUACGGCUUCAUCAGUGUCUAAAGGUGUUACCACUGCCAGUCCUUCCGAAUCUAGUUUAUCGAGCUCUGGUGGCGGAGGAUCAUCGACAAAUGCUCCAUCAGCGAGUAAUAACGCCUCAGGAAACAUUGUUACUGCCAAAGAGGGGUCUUAUUGUUUACUUUGUGGUAUCGCUUUGCGCACUUUGAACACUAGUGGCAAGGUAAAACCACAACCGACAUGGCCAAAUAAAUCCCCUCCUCCCCCAAUGGAACCUGAUGUUGAUCCUUUCGGAAACAUACCUAUUGCAGAUACGCUUUAUAAUCUUGAACGCCUUGCUCAUGAUCCUUUACUUAAUCGUAUCAAUGAAUGGGAUUAUCCAAUAUUUGAGCUCAAUUCAUCAGCUGAAGGAGCCAUUCUAAGUCAACUAACGUACAGAAUUUUUUAUGAAGCUGGUUUAUUGGAAGCAUUUAGAAUACCAAUUGUUGAAUUUCUCAGUUAUUUCAGAGCAUUAGAAUUGGGUUACAGAGAGAAACCAUAUCAUAAUCGUAUGCAUGCAGCUGAUGUUUUACAUGGAGUUUAUUACCUAACUUCCCAACAGAUUCCUGGAUUUCCUCAGAUUCCAUUAGAUUCAGAUAAUUCUCCAGCACAAAAAAAUUCAAUAGGACCACUUCCAAAGAGCUAUUUACGACACAUAUCAACUUGUGAUGACAGUUAUGGCAUUAUGGGAGCCAAUUUUCCUGCCCUUGAAAUAAUGGCUCUUUAUACGGCAUCAGCAAUGCAUGACUAUGAUCAUCCAGGAAGGACCAAUGCUUUUUUAGUUCAAACCUUUUCAGCUCAAGCUAUACUCUACAAUGAUCGUUCUGUUUUAGAGAAUCAUCAUGCAGCAGCUGCUUGGUCUUUGUUUAUUUCAAAAGAAGAAUACAAUUGGCUUCGUGUUUUGGAUAAAGCUGAAUUUAAAAGGUUCCGUUUUCUUGUAAUUGAGUUUAUUCUGGCAACUGAUUUGAAGCGUCAUUUUGAUAUUUUAGCUGAAUUUAGUGCCAAGGUUAAUGGUGAUGAUGGCUCUGGAAUAGAUUGGUUUUCCGAAACUGAUAGAUUGUUAGUAAUGGAAAUGUGUAUAAAAUUGUCUGAUAUUAACGGCCCUUGUAAGGAAAGAAAUAUUCACCUUCAAUGGACUCACAGGAUAGCUGAAGAAUUUUACGAACAAGGCGAUGAAGAAGAGAGCUUAGGUUUGCCCAUUUCACCUUUUAUGGAUCGCAAGCAUCCACAACUUGCAAGACUUCAAGAAUCUUUUAUUAACCAUCUUGUUGCGCCUUUGUGCAACAUUUAUGGUGAAGCUGGCCUUCUUCCGGGAGUAAUUGAAUUUCAGGAAAAUAUAACAUCUGAUAAAAUAAAUGAAAGAAGAAAAUCAUCGGAAAGAAAAUCCUCUGAUGUGAAAAAAGAGAAACAAAAAAUUAAAAAGAUCACUUGUCUACAGACGAAACAUCUAGAGGAAAAUUAUCGCUAUUGGGUUAACGUUUUGAAAGAGGAAGCAAAUAAAACUCCUUCAGAUGACGACGAUGUAAAUGAAUCUUCUUCAGUUAGCAGUGACGAUUCAUCAACACCCGUUUUUAGUUCAAAUCAACCCUUGCAUGAUAUUGUUGAAUCGGAAGAAGUUGGUGCAACUGGAGAAACGCCACCGCCAUCAAUAAGUGAUGAAAAUCAUCCAAGUUGAUAUUAAUCAUUGUUAAAAGUUUUAUAAAAAGCAAAACAAUCUAAACAAAAAAUUAUGUAUAAUUUAAAUGUAUCAAUGUUGUUAUAAUAAUAUAAAAAUUAAUAGGUCCAUCGAGAUCGUGGCAAAAAAAUAAAUAAACAACAAAUGUUUAUAGUCUUUUUUUUCUGGAAAAAUAAAACCAGUCAAAUUUUGUUGAUAAACCAUAACACCAUACUAACAUUAAAUUAAACAGUACUAAAACAGAUUAGAAUCAGUCUUUCCAAGUUAAUUGGUCCAUAAAUAAGAUCAGUCAAUCUCUAUCUGAUCCAGAGCCUGGUUUCAUUCCAAUGAAAAGC